AUGCGUCCCCUGGUUGUUCUCCUCCUUUCAACUCUCGCAAUUGCUGGUCCUGCGCUGGAAAAGCGAGGCGAGUCGUGCCGUACUGACUUGCGGGAUAGCGAGCUUGUCCGUCGAACCUCGUGUGUUGUGCCUGCGGGGGUGGUACAGGUGCUGGGACAUCGUGUGCUCCGAACUGCGGGUUCUGCGGUGGUGGAUUUUGAAACGUGUAUUCCUGCGGUGAAGAUCCUGGGGCUUCAUGAGAGGUAUUUUUGCGCGAACGAGGGAGGGCACACCGAAUUUGUGGGAAUGGAAUUUCUGGUAGUCAUCGAUCUGAAUGUCUUCCAGAGAUUGGUCUGUGUCGGCAUUCCCAUCAUCUCCAAAAUAAAGAAAAUCCCCACUGUAGGUCAGUAUGGCGCAGCACCAGGACUCGUCAGCGGAGAGAGCUACGGUACUGUAUCGGCGUUGGUGAGCUUGCCGAAGCCAUUCUUCUCAACUUGCCACCAAGACACAUUCUCGUUGGCCAGCGCGGAUGCAGACUGUGGCGCGCAGUCUUUCGAGGCUCCAAGAAGUUCAAGUAGGCCCUCCUCCUCAUUCCGCUCCUGUCCAUGCGUGGAGCGUGUAUUCCGAGGCAUCCUGGCGUCAAAUGUUUGUUGCGCAUCCUCCCCUCAAAGAGGUCCGCUUGGAAGAAGCUGGAAUGGUCCAGGGACUGCCACUGCGAGGAGCUACAGCAGAGGGCUGACGAUGGCUGAGGUCGAGGGCUACUGCGGCGAGGAGGAGCCAAAGCUGAACUGCCGGGUGAUCAAGGGAGCACUGGACUGGGAGCCCAUUCCAUGGAAAGGCGGUGACAGGAUGAGAUUACUUGGUGCCGCUGAAGAAUUUGGAGACUUGAGCUUGAUGCACAAGACGACCUGCCAGGAAACAGUCUGUGGUGGGUUUGGGAAGCAAACGGGAGGAGUUCAUCUGGAUACCUCGCAAAAUAUCCCUGAACAGGGGAUUGAGAUGCUAGAUGGGUUGUGUGAGUUCCCGAACACCAAGGGGCUUCGUAUAAGGCCUGCUCUCGAUUUGACUAGUACAAGCAUAUGCCUGCUACUACAUAUUGAGGAUGCAACUUCGAGAUUUGUCCAGGUUGUUGAUGAGUACCGCACAAUCUCAGUCUCAGCUGCUGUCACUGGAUAA